GUAGCCUGGUAACAUAUAGCCCCAUGUCUUUCUCUGCCUCUGUGGUGGAUAGUGGAGUGUUUCCCAUGUGGUAUUGGUGUGCUGGAUAUCCCUUCACUGGUAGCCUGGUAACAUAUAGCCCCAUGUCUUUCUCUGCCUCUGUGGUGGAUAGUGGAGUGUUUCCCAUGUGGUAUUGGUGUGCUGGAUAUCCCUUCACUGGUAGCCUGGUAACAUACACUCCAAGGUCUUUCUCUGCCUCUGUGGUGGAUAGUGGAAUGUUUCCCAUGUGGUAUUGGUGUUCUGGAUAUCCCUUCACUGGUAGCCUGGUAACAUACACUCCCAGGUCUUUCUCUGCCUCUGUGGUGGAUAGUGGAGUGUUUCCCAUGUGGUAUUGGUGUGCUGGAUAUCCCUUCACUGGUAGCCUGGUUACAUAUAGUCCCUGGUUUUUCUCUGCCUCUGUGGUGGAUAGUGGAGUGUUUCCCAUGUGGUAUUGGUGUGCUGGAUAUCCCUUCACUGGUAGCCUGGUAACAUACACUCCCAGGUCUUUCUCUGCCUCUGUGGUGGAUAGUGCAGUGUUUCCCAUGUGGUAUUGGUGUGCUGGAUAUCCCUUCACUGGUAGCCUGGUAACAUACACUCCCAGGUCUUUCUCUGCCUCUGUGGUGGAUAGUGGAGUGUUUCCCCUGUGGUAUUGGUGUGCUGGAUAUCCCUUCACUGGUAGCCUGGUAACAUACAGUCCCAUGUCUUUCUCUGCCUCUGUGGUGGAUAGUGGAGUGUUUCCCAUGUGGUAUUGGUGUGCUGGAUAUCCAUUCACUGGUAGCCUGGUAACAUACACUCCCAGGUCUUUCUCUGCCUCUGUGGUGGAUAGUGGAGUGUUUCCCAUGUGGUAUUGGUGUGCUGGAUAUCCCUUCACUGGUAGCCUGGUAACAUACACUCCCAGGUCUUUCUCUGCCUCUGUGGUGGAUAGUGGAGUGUUUCCCAUGUGGUAUUGGUGUGCUGGAUAUCCCUUCACUGGUAGCCUGAUAACAUAUACUCCCAGGUCUUUCUCUGCCUCUGUGGUGGAUAGUGGAGUGUUUCCCAUAUGGUAUUGGUGUGCUGGAUAUCCCCUCCCAAGCUGCAGGACUUUACAAAUUUUCUUCAUUGAAUUGUAG